GGAGACUUAGUUUAGCUUGCGUUUACCUACCAUUUCAACGGGUCAGUUAGGCGCGCGCUUUCAAGCUGCCAACAGUAGUGAACGCACAACUCUUGUCAUCGCAUCCCUCUCUUUAAUGUCACAUUCCAAUCAAAGAAACAGGAAAGAAGAUAGUCCUCUCAUUUGCAUCUCCUUUGGAGAAACUUCGAGAUGUGGAUCUUCGCGGUGGUUGCUCUGACGUAUUUAUCGUCGUUCGCAAAAGCUAUACCAAAUUAUUCUGGACUACCUCCUGGUCCAUAUUGUGCUACGAAAUAUCCGGCAAAUAGAUGUUGUCUGGGAAGACAAGAUGACUGCAGUGCACCGAUCAUAGGGACAACAUGUUAUUGCGACGAUUUUUGUGACCGAGAAAGAGAAGAAGAUUGUUGUCCAGAUUAUUAUUCCCAUUGCAAAGGCAUAACGCUACCUAUACUGGAAGAGGUCAGACUUUGCUCGCACAAUGGAAAGGCUUACAAUCACAGCCAGAUCUUCUAUGACAACUGUAAUCAAUGUAAAUGUUCAGAGUUAGGCAGAAAAGCAGAAAUUCGUUGCGAAGAGAAUCGAUGCUUGAUCGAGCCAGACUUUGUAAAGGAACUCGAUUUAGAGAGUAACACAUUAGGAUGGACUCCUGGAAAUUAUUCGCAAUUUUGGGGAAAGACACUUCAAGAAGGAAUACGAUAUCGAUUGGGUACACUCAAUCCAUCGCAAUCGAUUUAUAAAAUGAAUCCUGUGCGACGUAUUUACGAUCCCGAAGCACUUCCACGUAGUUUCGAUGCAAAGUCACAUUGGCCACGCGACAUAUCAAAAAUUCACGAUCAAGGAUGGUGCGGUGCAUCUUGGGCAAUAUCAACAGCUGAUGUUGCAUCCGAUAGAUUUGCAAUAAUGAGCAAAGGUGCUGAAAAUGUCGAAUUAAGUGCGCAACAUCUUCUCUCGUGUAAUAAUCGAGGCCAACAAGGUUGCAACGGUGGAUAUUUGGAUCGUGCUUGGUUCUAUAUGAGAAGAUUCGGAUUAGUCGACGAGGAUUGUUAUCCUUGGACCGGUAGCCAAGAUCUAUGCAGAUUACGAAAGAGAACAAAUCUUCGUGCAGCUGGAUGUCGAAAUCCACCUUAUCAUCAUAGAAAGGAAUUAUACAAAGUGGGGCCUGCUUAUCGUCUUGGUAACGAGACAGACAUCAUGCAGGAAAUUUUAACUUCCGGACCUGUACAAGCAACGAUGAGGGUCUAUCAGGAUUUCUUCACUUAUCGAUCAGGUAUUUAUCGACAUUCUCGAACCGCUGAAAUGUAUGAAUUUGGAUAUCAUUCGGUGAGAAUUAUUGGAUGGGGUGAGGAUUAUCAUCGUGGCAGACUGGUCAAAUAUUGGACCGUAGCUAAUUCUUGGGGUUACGAUUGGGGUGAAAAUGGUCUCUUUAGGAUUCUAAGGGGAACGAACGAAUGUGAGAUAGAAUCUUAUGUACUCGGAGUUUGGGCUGAAACUCUAAUAUUAUAAUAUCGAUUAUAAUAUUAAGAGAUAUUGCUGACAAUAAUAACCAUGUGAGACAUUUGAUCAUGAUCACUGAACAAUAUCGGUGCAUUUAUUAUUUCGUCGAGUUAUUAAAUGAUAGAACACAAAAUGAUAGAACUUUUUCUUUGUAAAACUUCUAAUUUGUUAUCAUGUUUUCUCUUAAAAAAAAA